AUGAAUAAGUUGAAAGAAACUUUGUCGAGGAAGGUCCAAGACCUCGGAGAGUCGUUGUCGAUCGAUGAAGACGUCAGGGUUGAUUUCCUUCAGAAGUUCUGUUUCCAAUCCGAAUAUUCAGAUGGAAGACAUGAGCGAGUUUGUCUUGUCUCCCUACGAAGGACCGUCAACUUCUGAAUUUUUGGUUCGGAAGCCUGUGAUCGCUUUGACGAAGGUUUUUUUUUCUAUCUUAAUGCUUUUUUCAAAUAUACGUGAACAUUAAUAAUUGAAAACAAUGCUGAAUAUCAGGAAUGUCUUGAAAAAAUGAUUUCUGGCGAUUCAGAAAGCCUCUUUUUGAAGUUUUUUUUUGAGUAAUAUAGUCUGUUCAGAUUUUGAAUGUCAAGUAGAAUGACGUCAUUCGAAAACGCUCUGUGGAUGGCUCGCUCUCUGAUUGGUUUAUCGCGCCAUUAGGGAGCGGAGCUUCAGCGGGGACUUGACAUUUGAAAUCUGAACAGACUAUAGGAAGUUACGUUAGAAACAAUUGAUAAAAAAAUCAAUUUUCUCAUAAAAAAUUCCGGAAAGUUUUAAGGAGUUUUUGAUUUCUUUUUCUUUGAAAAAUCUUACAGGAGUGAUACUUGAAACUGUCUUUUUUGAGAAGAAAUGAACGAGAAGCUAGAAAAAAAACGUUCAGAACAGUUUUUCGCUCUUCCUUUUCAUUUAAAAAAUGGCCUUGCUUUUAAAUUCGAAAAAGCUGUCUUCGAAUAUUAUACGUCAUCCUCCAGAACUCCGUGACCCGAACGAGGUCUUCGGAGCAGAAAACGGACGACGAAGUCAUUGAGAACAUCGACGCCGCCUAUUUCGUCGAACACGACUUCGACGCCAUCGGCUAUGAACUCACGGUUUUGCUUCUUUCCUAUAAAUUGAAACAUUGAUUUGAAAAACAGAAACUGUUUGACAUCGAGAUGUGCUACGAGGACAUAUCCAGAGAACAUUUACGGCUCAAAUCUCAGCUCCAAGUGGUCUCGAAACGAAUUUCCAACUUGAUCAUGCAGAAGGUUGAGAUUCCAGGGAAUCAAAUUGAGAUAAUAUGCUCGAAAUUGCAGUCACCGUCCUAUGGUGCCCAAAUUUCGGAUAUGGAGAAGAUCAGGCAGGAUUUGAUCCAAAUUGUUGUCUUCCGUUGUGGCCAUUCGAAGGUUCCUUUUUCUGGGUUUCUUUGUCAUUUUUGUCAGUUCCUUCGAAAAUAAUGAUAUUUUCAAGAUCCCUGAGCGUGGCAAAAGAACAAUCCACCACGGCUCUACGUAUCAUUGCCAACGAAAAGAAGAAAUACCUGCUCAAAAAUCUUCGACGAACGUUGUUGACUCUGAAAACCUUCUACGAAUCUGAAUAUCGCAUUCAAGAAGUUAUUCAGGUAUUUUUAGGGUUUCCAGGUACCUCAAAAAGUUCUUUUAGGAAGGCCAGUUCCCAUUGGCGAUUCGUAUGUGCGUAGAAGCGCAAGAUGCAGCCAAAAGCUUCCGACAUUUCAGUUGUGUCAAGUGAGAUUUUAUUUCAAUCGUACUCUGAAGCUGAAACAAAAAUUGUGAACUAAAAACUGAAAAACCGAAAUUUCUGAAGUUUUUCUUGUUUUUUCAAUAUAAUAUAACGCUUGAAAGAUUUUCAAAAGAUAGUAUAUUUUAAAAGUGCAAAAAUCGGAAUCUUGUAGAAGUUAACAUCAGUAUCAAUGACUGAAUCUUCUGGCAUUUUGUCAAUUUCGUGCACUUUUUAUCGAUUUCCCGAACACCUCAGUCGAAAUAAAGUCGUUUUGUUCAGCGACGUGGUCACCAAGUUGGCCGGGAUCAGUUCUCUGCUGGAAACGGAACUUUCCAAGUCUUUGGACACCCUUGUGAUGGUUUUCGAUCAAGACCGAUACGCCUUCGUUUUCAAUGCCUACGAAAUGCUGAACAAAGUCGAGGUUUCGCCUCAUUUCGAAGCACUGGAUAUUUUAUUUUCGGACAGGACCUUCCCUCGAAGUUGGUCGCUUCUUUCCAUGCCGCCCUUGAAAAUUCGUCCCAGGCCGUUUUGUUGGACAAGAUGAGCGCUCGGGAUUCGAAAAAUGGUUUUUUUUUUCUUUUUUCAAGUUCUCUUUCAUUUAUUUUAUAUAUAGAUUCUUCAAACAACGGGUUGAAACAAAAUGAGACUUCCUACGCGAAGUUGUGUAUGGUACGUUUCAGAAAUAGUUUAAACGAUUGGCCUUUUUCGUUGAUCUCAUUCCUUCGCCUUUAUGUUCUUACAAAACCAAUAUUAGAUCAGUUUUUUCUCCUCCAUAGUUUCUUCUUGAACAAUUACAUUCUAACAUUACUUGGAACAAAGUUAAGUAUUUGUUCUCGCCUGAAAAUGAAAAAAAAAGUUUUGAACAAAAACUGAGUUUCAAUAGCGUUUUCGACCGAUUCUGAAGGUUUUUAUAAAAAUAUUCUCGACUUUAUGAACUUUUUUCACGGAAAAAAUUUUUGCGGAGAUUUUAUAGAGUCUUCUGAAAAAUUUCUUAGAACCGUCAGAACCUGCUAAACUUAUUUUUUUAUUCUUUUGAUUACUUUUUAGAAAAAAAAUCCGCGAUUUCCAAUUUAUUACAAAAAUAUCUAGUAUAGUACACUUUGGAGCACUCAUUCUCAAAAAAAGGUAAGGAUUUCAGCUUGAGAAUUCUAAAAUAAUAAAUAAAUAAAAAAAUCAAAAAAAUUUGAUAGCUGAUUUCCAUGAUUUUCCAAGUUCUGAAUAAGUUUUAUUUCUUGUCAGUGAUUCACCCAUGUUUUUUUUUUUCAAGGAACUGGAAAGCGAUCAACUGGUCGUCACUCUACGGGAAUUGGGAUUUGUCCUCUGCCGAACUCUCUGCGCCUUCCACUCGUUCCUGAGGUUUCACAGCGAAGAAGAAGAUCGGAGAGAACAGCAGAGGGAGGCCGAAGACGUCAUCGACGUGCCUAGUACUUCUGAAGGAAGAACGUACUCGAAAAAUAGAAUUCUAAUCAGAACUCCGAUCGAUAAACGCGGAGCUGCGGGAGUCCCGGAAAGAGAUCUUCACGACGGCUUUGAAUCGAAUGAUGUCACUUUUGGAGUCGCGAGAAUUCGUCGUCCUCAAGUUCGAUCACAUCCUGGACAUUGUCGACAUGGUCAAUAGGCGAGUUUUAUACUUCGGCUCACACUUUUGAUAUCCUCAAUUUCGAGUGCCAUCUCUCUGACAAGAAAGGUUAUUAUACUUUUUGGUUGGGAUUUUUCUGAAAAUCGGCCAGAACAGUGCUUGAUGUGCCAGAUAGAGUUCCUAGAAGUUCUUACCUUCACAAAUUCCUUGUAUCUGAGAAACGUCACCCCAAACCGUCAAAAUAGGCUAUUUUGAGGAUUUCAGCAGUUAUUUCUCUGGGCCUUGAAAAAGUAAAUAAUUUAAUAAAAAUGAUAAGGAACAAUUGGUUUUUAAACGUGAUAGAAAUUCAAAGUUUCCGAACAUGACAGUUGAUAAAAGUUGAUUUUACGCUUUCAUUUCUUUUCGAAUAAUUUACUCAAAAUUUUUCAAGUUUUCGAUGAAAGGAAAAGAGUUAUGAAAAGCUACGCUAUGAAAACCUUGUUAGCUGACUUUCUCCACUCAUAUUUUUUUCACGGUUUUUCCAGGUUUCGAAGCGUUGGUCGUACCUAUUUCGGGCACCCUUGCGCUGAACUUGCGCGUUGCAUCGAAAGACAGACUUCGGCCUACUUUUCACGCUAUCAUCGGUGCGAAUUUUCAAAUUUGGAAAGAAAAAAUUCCUAACGGAUUUCUGAGUUUCACUCAGUUACUUGAACUUCAAGCGAAAGUUUGAAAGAAGAAAUUUUUCAAACAAAAAACGAUAUUUCUUGUUUCCAAUAUGCUUUUUUUCUAGCACUUCUUAUAGAAGGUCCUAUGGUCCUUCAUUUAUUGCAUGAAUAAGCUCAUAAAUUUAUCUUGACACAAUCGAUAUUUUGUGAAAUAGUUGCUUGAAAAAUUUCUGUAUUUAUUCGAUGAGCUGACGGUGAAAACACUACUCCAAAAAGAAAAAAAUAAUGAUAAAUCAGGUCAAUCUACUGAAAAAAUUUCUGUGCAACUAAAUAUUCAGCGAGAGGAUGGAGGAACUGGCCAUGUUCAUAGAGAACGAGUCCUUCACCUUGUGUCCCGUCUCUGCGCAAUUUACCAUUUUCGAUUUGCAGGUAAAACUCGGAAAACUGCGUAAAUCAAAUGAAAUUUACAGGAUUUUGAAUUUCUGAAAGAAUCGCGCGAAGAAAGAGAACGUGAAGCUUGGAAAGAGGCCCUGGCGUCCACUUUGAGCAGCGAACAACUCGAGGGCGUCCUGAUGCCCAGCGAGUGGAAGAACCCCUUCAGCGUCUCUCAGAUCAAGGUUUUUUAGAUUUCGUUUUUCGUAAGGGAGGUCAUUUUGAUAUGUGUUUGGGCAUCUAUUGAAAAUCUGCGAGACUAAUUUGAAGCUUUAUCUCUCAGGCAAAACAGGAAAGCUCCCCAAAAGCUUUUCUCAAAAAAAGACCUUGAAAGGGUCCUCAGCAGAUCUUUUUUAUGUCAUUUCAUUUUUUUUGCAUUUUUUCACAUCCUCUAACAAAAAAGAUGCUGGAAAGCAACUAAAAAGAUUCGAGCGGAUUCAAAAAGGAUCCUCUGAGGCUAUGACAGAGGAGCUCAAAAGCUUUUUCACAUCAUUUUAGGAGCUUUAAGAGGAAGCUUUUAUCUCCCUCUCAGGAUCCUUUGAGGAUCUUCAAAGGAACUUUUCCGUUUUACCUAUGUCUUGAGAGAUUAGCGACCAAGUUUGUUUAAAUAUGUCAUGCAAAAAUUAUUUUUCGCCACUUCAAAAGAAACUUUCUUCGUUCAAAACGACUUCGCCUAAUACGCAGAAUUGAAGUUUUGGGAGCACUUGAAAAAAAUUGGAUCCUACAGCGAUAAAUCGCAAUAAUAGUGACUUUUGCAAAUUUUGUUCAAAAAAAGGCCCAAGUCAUUUCAAAAUUUGGAGUUUCGCGCGUAGAAGUCGCGCCGCCUCGUCGUAGGACCCAACUUUUCUAAAGGCUCUUCAAAUUCAAAUUUUUCGUGUUUCUCGAAAUCGAAAAGUAAAAAAAAAAAACAAAUGUUCAGUCACGACACCAGUCAUCCUACAGUGUCCGAUCUGAACAGAGACAUUCUUCGUCGACUUAUUCUGAUGCAAAUGAUUUUGCUGGAGUUGAAUGGUAGAAAAUCCUCCAUUACCAAUAUCAUUUAAAGGACUUUUAGUUCGGAAGAUCCGUUGGCGGAAAAUCCACCCAAUUCUGCAAGUUCUCAGCCAGCCCCGCCCAAUGCUUGCAACACGUCUCUGAACUUGUUGCGGUUCUUUGGUACAAUUUUGAUGGAAAAUUGGAGAAAAUGAACAUUUUGAGGUCGUUAUAUAAGGAUGACCGCACUUUUGCCGUCGGUCUGCGACAGGUCCGCACCGGCUGUCGCCGACCUUUUCGAGCUUUUCUUCGCUUCUGUUGGUUUUUUAACUCUUUUCAAAAUUCUUCACAUUGACCCUAGAAGAACGAUUUGCGCUUAUUGUAUGUUUUUGUUUAGAUCUUCAAAGGUCUAGCCAGCUUGAAAUUGCAGCCAGCAACCAAAAAAAAAAAAUCUAAAUUUUAAAAAAAGUUUGAAAAUGACCAUUUUGGUACGAUGUUCAAGUCCGUUUGAGCAACAUGGACAAUUUCAACUUUCUUAUUUUUUUCACAAGUUAUUCAGAUUUUUAUGACUAAACAUUUCAUUUCAAACUUUGUGGAAAAAUCCUUAGUUUUAAGCAUCACUAAAUUUUUUUUAAAAAAACAGCUUGUCGAGGUCUUUAAUUCCUUUUUUUUCCAAUUCUUUGGAUUUCACCUUUCUUGUUCAGCUGGUGCACUUGUUCGGUAACGACGGCUCAGAGUUCGUGGAAAGACCAGCCAGACUCGACGUCGUCAUUUCCUCGAUCCAUCGUCGACUUUCUGGCGCUUCUUCCUCUUCUUCUUCUUCUAACGCCAAGACGUCUUCUCCUUUCAAAACGGCCCUUUUUCGAGGAAACAGCACCUCAGUUUGGAUCUUUUCAAAGUGCGAACAAUGAUUCAAAGAUCCAGGGAAACGACCUCCGACUGCCUUCCUUGUGCCCCGCCGUGCAGCUGGGCUUCAUCGACACCCUUUUUGGAGCCGCCGAGAGGAUAAUCGCCAUUGAGUCGUUGUCCGUUUUACUGUGUAUUUUUGGUUUUUGCGUCUAAUUUUAUUCACGAGGAUGAGCUGCGCCUUGAAAAUUUGAAAACAAAGAAAAUGCAGAGACAUUUUUUGAGUUGAUUCCUAGAGGAAAAUGGAAAAACAUUUUUUGAGUUGAUUCCUAGAGGAAAAUGGAAAAUUCAUGGCAGGCUUGAGCUAUCGAAGAGGGCCUUGACACGAUAAAGAAGAAACAUUGUCUGUUUGGUGGAGAUCGCAGACAGUACCACGCUCUUGUGCCUUCCAAGCUAGCGUGAAUAAGAGUAAUCCACCAACCAGAGUGUUCAGAUUUUUAAUUUUAACUCAUCGCUCAAACUCCGCCCAUCAUGCGUAGAUCAAACCAAUUGGAGAACGAGCCAUCCACAGAGCCUUGUUAGGGGCGGAGUUGGCUUCUUGACAUUCGAAACUUAACAGACUACUGUCUCUUCAUUUAUCGUGUCAGGACCCGUAUAGAUGAAUCAAGCCGUGAAUCAGCUUAACAUGACUGCUUUAAAAUAAAACCAUUAAGUCACUAUUGAAAAAAGGUUUUCUGCUUUACCUUCACUAAACUUUAAUAAGGCUUUCCGGCUUUUCGGAAUCGUUGAGGCUUGAAUUUCUAUAAGCGCUACAUUAAGUUUAUCGAUUAUUAUGUUUUUGUUUUUCUGGUCCGUAUUUUCGUCCUAUAGAGAGUUCACGGCACGUCAACUCGACCUGGUGAGGCCGGUGAUUGAAUCCCUCUAUCCUGAAUCCAAAACUGAUGCUCUCGUGGAACGAAUGGAGUCCUUCUAUUCGCAGGUAAAAUUGUCGAAGAUUCAUCUUUUGAUCUAACUUUUGUAAGGCACAUUUUUUUGAUCUCUGACCACGCCAUGACCUUUUCAAGAGCGCUUGCGCAACACUUCUUUUUUUCCAAAUGGACACUCUAGAGAUGUUUCGAUCCCUCAAGUGAUCACUUUAUGGAAUUUUUACCUCUUGUGAGUGCUUCGUUUUCUGACGCUCACUUCAGUUCGUAAUCCAGAAAUGGUUUUUUCUCACAGUUUUGCACACCAUCUCUCCUUGUUCAUUUUUGAAAACUGUCAGGUUUUGCCGAGCGUGGCAGACGUCCGACUGCUUCUGGUGGAUGCUGUAGCGAGCCGCGCGCUUCGCAUCUCGAAGAUCGUCGAAAGCGUCGCGGCCACCAAAUGGGACAUCGCCGAGCUCCGCAGCCAUCACAGCUCCUACGUCGACUUGGUCCUUCAGGUGAUUUUUGUUUCUGGAAAUGCUUCUCUUUUUGUAAAUUUCACUUUUCGGUCCGGAAGAAUCAAUUUCUGUUAUGAGAGAUCAAAAAGAGUUGGAUCUUCCAAACGCCACCACUUCUUAAAAUUUAUAAGGAUAAAUUUGAAAAUUACCAGGAUUUCGAAGCGUUCCGACUACGUGUGAGUACCGUUGAAGAACGACAGGUCAACGUUACGGAGGCCACUCAGAAGCUCUUCUGGAAUCGGGCCAUCUACUACACCUUCAAAGCACUCGUUCAAGGGUUUCCCAAUUCAGGAGAAAGUUAUAAAUAAUGGCUUUUUAGGUAUUGUGAAGGUGGAAAGUGUUCGACGGAAGGGAGAGCUCUGAUGCAACUCGAUUUUCAGAAUAUUCUUAUAAAGGUAAUUCCAAUAUUUAGUCCAAAAAAACGAAAAUAAGAAAAACGAAAUUUUGAAGUAUUUCGUGUUGAGCCGAAAAACUUAACAGAAAAAAAUUUCUGAAAGAGUUCUUGUUUUUUUGGGUUAAAAAAAGUGAUUUUUUUCCCCUAAUUUUUUUUCUAAACUUGGUUCGCAGCUUGAGCCGAUCUCGGGAAUGAGACCCGUUCCUCACGCCGCAUUUGUCGAUAGCUACAUCAAGGCCUACUAUUUGCCCGAAAGCGGCCUGGAACAAUGGAUCGCCAGUCAUUCGGUUCGUUUCAAGUUUCCGACGUUCAUGUACAGAAAUAUAACUUGGGGGCUUAUAGCCCAGAAGGUUUUGUGAAAAACUAAAUGAAAACAUUUCUAUUUUCAUUUCCUGAAAAGAAACAGUUCGGAUUGAUUCUGGAUUUUCAUAGAAGUCCUCAGAAGCUUUCUGGAUCUUUCAAAAUAAAAAUGAAUAAUCUUCCUUUUUUUGUGGUUAUUCAGAAUUUCGAAACUCUCAGUCAAACAGAAGAAUUCAACAUAAAAAUAAAUUCUCUAUUUCUUGAAUAAUAUAAAGAGCAUUUUUCGGCUGCACUAAGUUCUGUGUAGAUUCUUCGAAGAUGCCGCGUUCAAAGCGACUACCGCGAGAUAGGAAUGACCGUUAGACGGGGAAAGAUUUAGCGGCCACUCUAGGGUUCUGUCGUUUUCGUCGCCCACUUUAGUGGCUAAAAUUCAGUAACUUCUGUAGAGGUGUGGGCUAUUUUAUUGUCCUCUCCAAGUAGUCCUGGAUUUUUUUUCCCAGGAAGAUUCUGAAGAACCAAAACGUUUUGAAUGGAAUUACCCUGAAGCGGCGUAUUUGAUUUUGUAUUCAAUGGGCUAAGUUCUUUCUCAGAGAAACAGCCGAACUUUACAGGAAUACUCGCCAAAGCAACUCGUCUCUCUGUUGGGCGCCGCGGCCCACGUAAGCAAAAAAGCUCGUGUUCGUAUUUUGAGCGCGUUGAACUCUUGA